AUGGAUGGUAUUAUUAUUGCAGGAAUGGUUGCCAUUACACUUCUCAUUAUAGGUUUUAUAUAUUUCAAGGGCAUUGGUCAAGAGAAAAAAGAACAGAAAGAGGGGGAUACCAACAAUGUAGAGAGCAUGGAUUUGGACGGAGGUGAGCAUAGAAUUACAUACGAAGCAAUCAUGAAGGCCAUUGAGGAAUUCAGAAAUAGUUAUCUAUUUGGCUCUGAUUCCUUUGGAAAAGUGUACAAGGCUAUUCUGGUAAACGAGGGAGGACGAAGGGAAAACAAUAUGGUUGUGGCUGUGAAGUUUUCUAAUUUACUGGAGGAUGGAAAAAGCGUAAGUAGAAGCCCGAGCCAUGAGAUAGAAGCUCUUAAGUUUGUCCACCAUAGAAACAUUGUGUAUCUGCUUGGCUGGAUGCGUGUUCCCAACAUGAAGUUGGAGAUUUUUGUCUAUGAAUAUAUGCCCAAGGCUUCUUUGUGGGAAGCAUUAAAUUUAGCAGCAGUACCUGUAGGUAAUUCAGAACUAGAGAAACUGAACUGGAAAAAUCAUUACAACAUUGUACUGGGAGUUGCACAAGGUCUCAAAUACUCGCACCAUGAUUGGAGACCUCCAAUCAUUCAUGGUGACAUUAAAUCUGCUAACAUUCUACUGAACAAUGAAUAUAUAGCACAUGUUUCUGACUUUGGCCUUGCAAAAGUGAUGAAUUCAGAAGGGCCAUCCACCAGCUCCUCUGUGUUUGUUGGUUCUUCUGGUUAUAUGGCUCCAGAUACUCCACCAGUAGAUAAUACUGACAGUCAACCGGCCACAGAGAUUAUGGAGACUCCACUAGAGGAUACAAAUCCUGAGUCUAAAAUCUUGUAUACUAUGAAUGUAGACACCCAGGAAGAAAAUGUUGUGGUUGACAGAGAAACCACUGAGGACAAGACGAUAGAUGUGACUAAUGAGUCACUGGCUCCAGAGGUUGAGAUAAACAUAGAAAAACAUACAGAGCAAUCCAUAGGGGAUACCACUGAGAAACCGGUAGAAACAACUGAAAAACCAUUUGAAGAACUGGCUAAAAAGAGUUCAGAGGUACCUUUUGAGACACAAAUAGAGAAACCGGAACCGGCAUAG